CUCCUACCUACUCUCACUCCUUGCAAGAAGUUAUAAGCGAGAAGAGUAGAAGACCUUCGAAGAUAAGAUUUUGCGAGAGAAAAUCAUCCGAGAGUCAUGUCGCCACCCAAACAAUACCCCUCAAUAACAGCAUGUAGCGGCUCCAUCUAUCAGUCAAUAGCGGCUGAUCUCGAUGGCACGCUUCUCGUUUCCAGUAGUUCCUUCCCCUACUUCAUGCUCGUGGCUGUCGAAGCUGGAAGUCUCUUCCGUGGUCUCAUGUUGCUUCUGUCUCUACCUCUCGUGAUCAUCUCCUAUUUCUUUAUAUCUGAGGCCAUCGGGAUCCAAAUCCUAAUAUUCAUAUCCUUCGCUGGCCUCAAGAUCCGUGACAUCGAGCUGGCUUCCCGCGCUGUUUUGCCUAGGUUUUAUGCUGCGGAUGUGAGGAAGGAUAGCUAUGAGGUAUUUGACAGGUGCAAGAGGAAGGUGGUGGUGACGGCAAAUCCGACUAUUAUGGUGGAGCCAUUUGUGAAAGAUUUUCUUGGAGGAGACAAGGUUUUGGGUACGGAGAUCGAAGUAAACCCUAAAACUAAGAGGGCCACCGGAUUCGUAAAGAAGCCUGGCGUUUUGGUAGGCAAAUGGAAGAAGUUGGCCAUUUUGAAGGAGUUUGGAGAGGAAGCACCGGAUCUUGGGAUUGGAGACCGCAAGACCGAUCAUGAUUUCAUGUCAAUUUGCAAGGAGGGCUACAUGGUUCAUCGUAGCAAAUCAGCAACUCCGGUGUCACUGGAUCGCCUCAAAAGUCGUAUAAUUUUCCAUGACGGCCGCUUCGUCCAGCGACCAGACCCUCUCAACGCCCUUAUUGCCUAUCUUUGGCUGCCGUUUGGAUUCAUCCUCUCCAUCAUUCGCGUAUACUUCAAUCUCCCACUUCCAGAACGCAUCGUUCGCUACACAUACGAGAUGCUCGGCAUUCACCUGGUGAUCCGCGGGACACCACCUCCUGCCCCAUCGCCUGGAACCCCAGGGAACCUCUACGUGUGCAACCACCGCACAGCUUUGGAUCCUAUAGUUAUUGCAAUAGCACUCGGACGCAAAGUUUCGUGUGUAACAUACAGCGUAAGCCGCCUCUCGAGGUUCCUAUCACCAAUCCCAGCCAUUGCUUUGACCCGUGAUCGUGCAGCUGAUGCAGCUCGCAUCUCAGAGCUACUCCAAAAGGGUGAUCUGGUAGUUUGCCCAGAGGGGACCACGUGUCGCGAGCCAUUCUUGUUGCGAUUCAGUGCAUUGUUUGCAGAAAUGAGCGAUAGGAUCGUGCCCGUGGCUGUCAACUGCAAGCAAAACAUGUUCUAUGGCACUACCGUACGCGGUGUCAAAUUUUGGGACCCUUAUUUCUUCUUCAUGAACCCAAGGCCAACCUAUGAGUUGACAUUCCUGGAUCGCUUGCCGGAAGAGAUGAGCGUGAAGGCCGGAGGGAAAUCGUCGAUCGAGGUGGCUAAUUAUGUGCAAAAGGUGUUGGGUGAUGUGUUAAGGUUUGAGUGCACUGGAUUAACUAGGAAGGAUAAGUACAUGUUGCUUGGAGGAAACGAUGGCAAAGUGGAGUCAAUGUACAACUCCAAAAAAUAAUCGAUUGGUUUGCCACUCAUAGAUUUUAUAAGGAUGUGUUUCUGAGCUUGUGAGUAUUUUGUAUAAAUGAAUUUCAUAGAAAUUUUAUGAAAUUCGUUUAUAAAUAUCAAAAUUUUAGUAUUUAAUUUAAAUGAAAUUUUAUUUAUAAUUUUUAA